AUGCCUAAACAAAUUAAGAACACUGUUGAAGAAAUAAACAAAAAUGAAUUAACAGACUCUUCUCUUACCUAUACAGAGACAGUCAGUGAAGUUAUAAAUUCAUCUAUGAAUGCUAAUUCCACAAAGGUGCCCGACCAAAACACAACCAUUGAUCAGGAUGAAUUUAUUAACAAGACGUACAAUUUGAUUGAUACUGAUAAUAAUAUCGCCAGUCUUGAACCUACAGUAAUAGUGAAUGUCGGAGAAAUUACUAUACCAACGCCAAUAUCAAAGACGACUAAUACUUCAGAAGAUUUGCCACUGAAUAGUGCACCGACCCAAACCAGCUUAAAUGACACAUUACCGUUAAACAUUACGGGAAAAACAGUUUUAAGAGAAAAAACUGAUAACGCGAUAGUAAAACAAUAUACACAAGAAGUCAAAACUAUUAUUGAAAAUAUGCCGGAAGUUCCAAUCCCAAAUAAUGUUACAGAUGAAAAUACACAAAUCGAUUCAAUAAAUGUUUUAAAAGCCAACGAAUCAGACACCACUUUUGACAAUAUUACUUCUUCUAUUUCAACAUUAACAACAACAACUCCUUCAACAAUUCUAAUUGAUACAACAUUGACGCCGGUUCCAACAAACAUGAUACAAACGGGUCUGAAUGAAAUUACAACUAUUUCGUCCGCAACUAUUCUAGAUGCUACGGCAAAUUCUACUUCUGAAUCUACACUGGAACCUGUAAAUACGACCGAUGCAACACAAAUUACUGUUUUACGUGAAUCUAUACCUGCAGAAAAAAAUCAAACAAAUGAUCCCAACGGACCUUUGGAAACAAAUGUUGAUUUCAAUAAAACUAAAAGCGGUGAUGAUUUAACCCGUGCUCCACAACUAAUAAUACAGCAAACCGAGCCUACUUUACAGUUUGAAAGUAUGACGUCAUCACCGUCGGCAACAACCGUUCCAGAAAUACAGAGUGUGACAGAAUUUACUGUCACCAAUUCAUCGAAAGGACUCGUUGAAAAUUUGACAUUAACACAAGGUAACGAUACCACUACCACUGGUGACAGCAUUUUAACUGCGGAGAGUGAAGUUAUUAAUACAGUUGAAAAUGUAGCCACAAACGUGAAUGAAAAUAAUUCUAGUUACGUAAGAAAUGGUGAAGUUUUAGCGACGGAAGUAUCUGUUGAAUCCACAACAUCUUCAACUAAUUCAUCAAUAAUAUCUAUUACACAAAACCAACGUGAAGAAGCGACUUCAACAGUGGCAACUUCGCAGACACAAACUACUCAUUCGCCAUUUCAAUUAGAGCUUACGGAUGUAGUCCCAGAAAUUAAGGAAACGAAUGAAACACGUUCUAUUAUAUUACGGGAUGGAUUUAACAGCACUGUCACUCAAGACCCAAGAACCAACACCACAAUAGUUAAAAGGAUAAUUGUUGAUGAUACAACAGGCAUUGGAAGCGCCGAUUCUAAAUCAAGACAGAGAAAUAUUACCUUCAACGCCUAA